AUGUUACCCAAGCGCAUUCUUUGCCUCCAUGGUGACGGGACAAACGCGAUGGUUUUCGCGGCUCAAACGCGACAUCUGAGACGGGCCUUGGAGCUCCACGGCAUAGAGCUUGUCUACGCAACCGGGCCGUUCGAAUGCGACCCGGGGUACGGAGUGUCACCCUUCUUCGAUGACUGCGGGCCUUUUUACCGCUGGUGCCCCAACGAUCCGCGAGACGCCAACGGCAACGGCCAAGUCGCGGCCGAGGAGGACGACCUCGCCGAAUCGGCGGCCAUGGCAGCGGGCAUUAUCGACAUGUUUGAGGAUCUGCACUACGAAUUCGGACACGACGCCGACGGCGCGAACAGCCGCGACGGCUUCAUUGGUAUCCUUGGAUUUUCUUCUGCCGCGUCCGUUGUAGCAGGCAUUCUCGCUGUGCAAAACAAUAGCGUCGAGGACCUCUGUCCUGUGUGGUAUCGUUUUCAGUUCGGGGUUCUCAUCAACGGGACUGGGCCGCCUACAAGGUUUCCAACAAUUGGAGGUGACGGCAGCAAGCAGCCAAUCGAGGUCCCGACCUUGUCUGUUGUGGGCAAACAGGAUCAGUGGCAGAGUCAAAGCAAGCUCCUCAACACCUGCUUUGAUAGGAAGUUGUUGACGUGUCUGGAGUUUGACAAUGGCCACAAAAUACCUUCCGAGGAUGGGCAAGUUGAAGAAAUGGUGUCUGCGAUUUUGGACAUGGUACACAGGACUGAAGAUUGUAUUCAAGUAUGA